AUGAACCUUCGUCAUGAUUCAGCUAUGAUCGAGGCUGGUUCCAAUUCGGUCAACGUUAUCAGCGGAAGACAUCAGAAAUUACGAAAGCCGGCCGUGUUGGAAUUCUGGAAGUCUAGUAAACUCCUGACCAUUAACACUCACCGGGGCAUUUACAAGGUCAAUUGUUUAACACCCGGAGUGAAAGCUGCGCCAGGAGCGUUCCAACAAGUUGUCGAUGCAAUGCUGGCAGGUCUGCAGCACACGAGUGAAUACAUCGAUGACAUCGUCGUCGGUGGGCUUACCGAGAAUACGCAUUGGGAGAUUCUGAAGGCACUAUUAGAACAUCUACGAGAAAGUACAAAGAACGAUUCGGUUCUCAGCACGGUGGUUCAGUAUAUUCACCAGGGCUGGCCUUCCAAGCAAACCGUGGCAUCCAAUCCUGAGCUGCAGCAAUUCUACAACCAACGGGAAUCGCUCACGAUUGUACAAGGAUGCGCUCUUUUCGGUGAGAGACUAAUUAUUCCGUCUCGUCUACGCAAACGUUUUCUGGGUCAGUUGCAUGCUCGCCACCCGGGAAUCGGAAGAAUGAAGACCAUUGCCCGGAGCUACGUGGACUACGCCGGACCACUCGAUGGAGACUAUUUUUUACGGGUAGUGAACUCCUUCACCAAGUGGCCCGAAAUAGUGCAAACCAGCCACAUCACUACCACAGCAACCAACAAGAUUUUGCGAAGCCUUUUCGCACGCAUGGGGAUGCCAGAGUCUCUAAUAUCCGAUAAUGGCACACAAUUCACCAGUGCCAAGUUCGGACAUUUUUGCAGUAUGAACGGCAUUGAACACACCACCACGGCAUCGUUUUACCCUCAGUCGAACGGACAGGCGGAACGAUUUAUCGAUACCUUCAAAAGAGGUAUCAAGAAGAUUCGAGAAGGGGAAGGACCGAUCCAGAAAGCAUUGGACCUGUUUCUGUUGAAGUACCGAAGCACUCCAAAUCCGACAGUCUCGGGUGGAGUAUCGCCGUCAGAAGCAUUGUUUGGACGUCAUAUCCGAACCAACCUCGAACUGCUACGGCCACCAGCAGAUUGUUAG